CCAAUGCGUAAAGCAAGGAAAAAAGGUAUAAAACUCGGCAAACAGAGGGAUUUGGGAGGACAACAUUUAGGUCGAUGGAGAUGAUGGUGCAAUUAGCCGCAAAGCCGCCUCGCAAGUAUUUGGAUUUCGACCCCCAGUGCACUUGGACUCAGGAUGAGAAUAGCAAGGUCCUAAUUGUAGAUAUCCCAGGAUUCAAGAAGGAACAAUUGACUAUUCUCAUCGAUACUCGCCGAAAACUAGAGAUUAAGGGUGAGCGGUACAUUGAAGGCGGCCAAUUGACUCGAUUUAACAAGCACUUGCUCGCCCCAAAACAUUGCGAUAUCAAGAACAUUCGAGCCACAUUCGAUGUGGACAAUGGGCUUCUAUGCGUGACAUUGCCGAGAUCAGCCUCGCACCGCUCUUUUGGAGUCGAUGACAUUAAAGACAAGAAUGAAUUCAGAACAUCGGUUUUCUCUCGCUAUAAUUUGAAGAAGAUGUUUGAGAGUUUGUGUAAAAAAUUGUGCGUAAAGAUUGAUGUAAAGGAGUAUAGUGACGGUGUACCAAAGUCUCAAACAAAGAAAGAAUAAUGGAGGAAUAAUAUAAAACUAAAUCUAAGAUUCAGAUGAUAAGCAAUUCAGACACAUAUGAGGUUGUUUGUAAUGAAAUUUGAGAGAUUAUUUUAAUCCAAA